UAUUUAGAAAGUUUAUUUAAAUGGAAAAAUAAAUUUAAAAAAUACAAAAACGAAUUUAAAUGGUCAUUUUGAAGAGCUCGCUGGGAAAAAAAAUUAGAAUUUUGGUCUUAAUGUCACUUGAGGUUUUUUUUUUUUUUUACCAAAUUGUCGCAUAAAGUUAAUUUUUUUUACCAAAUUACCAUUGGAGUAAUUUUAGGUUUACCAAAUUGUCGUUAAAGGUUUUUUUUACCAUUCUGAUCAAUUGGCCGUUUUGAAGGUGUUAUUUAAAAAAAAAAAAAAAAAAAAAAAACCUCCGUACACCGUAAAAUUUCCAAAUUCCAACGUUCUCAAAAUUUUGCAGCUUCCCGCCCAUUUCAUUACCCCGAUUUUUACAUUCCCUCUCCUCCAUUUUCUUCUGCCCCUUUCGCUGUUCUUCUCAAACCUUCAUUUUCCACAAUACAAUCUCACUAAUUUCAACUGUAAAAACCCUAAUUUCUGCUCAAAAUUCAUACUUCAAUUAUUCCCCCAAAAAUCGACGAACAAACUGAAUUUACUUAAAAAUCGCGAACUAUUGUAAUCGAUUUUGAUUCAACUAUACCAGCCGCUGCACCAGAUAAACCAAUUUUAGUAUAUGAAUUCGAGGCACUGCUAACAAUAGCAGUUUAUGGUGGAUUUUUGGAUGGGUAUGCUAAUUCAUGACGAAAGUGAAGCUUAUAAAUUAUGAGUGGGAAGAGUAUUUUUGCUGGGAAAGAAUGCAGUAAUAAGCUUCCUAAAGUUAAUUGGGCUGAGCAUGUGAAGUCACAUAAUAAUUUUGCUGCUCAAAAUGAGUUCUUAGCCUCGAGUUUUCUUUUUUCGCUACCUUCACAGAAGCCGCCUCCUGAAGGAAGGAUGAUGAGCUUCCAAGUUCAGAGUAUUGGCGAAUCACAGGUCGAACAGGCCUGGAAGGCCCUCUCAAACCUUCAGCUUGGCUGCAGAAACUAUGUCAAGCCUGGCAAAACUGUGCAGCCAGUCAAAAAUGUAAAUGCCACUCAGUUUUCUGGAAGACAUGUUAUAUCAAAGAAGUCCUAUGAUAGCAGCACAAAGCUCUCUGAAAAUCAGCAAUGGAAUCACAAAGAAAGUGAAAGCAAAGACAAAGCUGGUAAUCCCACAAGGUAUUAUGCUGCCUCAGCUCCAAUGCACCAUACAGCUGAAGCUGAGAAAGCUACUUAUGGCCAAAAGCAGAAAGAGGCAACAAUAAUGUUGCAUAGCUCUCAUACACCAUUUCCUGAAGGUUUACAACAUCACAAUGUCAGUUCAACAAGUGAUAGCAAACAGCUAGAUGGGGCAGUUACUGAUGGAAUAAAUGAUGAUGAUAUUCUCGGGAACAUUGAUGUUGAUCAAAUUGUCAUGGAGCACUAUCAAUCAAGUUGCCCUCCUCAGCCUACUGGUUCUAAGUCUCUACAGGCAACUCCAAUGGUUGCUAAAAAUGAUAAUACGAGGCACGAUGAAGCCUCCUUGCCUCCAGAAUUAUGCUGUAAUUGCAGUCAUGGAUAUAAGUUAGGACUUUGUCCAGAAAGGAUAAAUCAUCUGCAGGAGAUAAAAGAUAUGUUAAUUGUCAUAUCAAAUGAAUUGCUUGACAAUUUGGAUCUAACUCCUGAGAGGAUGGAAAAGCUUCGCCAGGACAGGUUGCAGCUAAAUAAACAAAUUCAGUUGAUGGAGGCUCAUGUCCGCAGCUCAACUACUGAUAUAGAGAUGCAGAAUUCACAGUUAUCUGCAACAGCAGCAAAUGUAAGGGUCUUUAAUCAUGAGACACCUCAGGCAACCUUUAAGUCAAAUGGGUAUGUAACACCUCAGGCAACUUUUAGGUCAAAUGGAUAUGAUACACCUCAGGCAUCUGGCAUCAUGGCAGUUCCAAUGAGAUUAGAUAACCAAUUUAAUAACUUUGACGAGUCAAAUGGGUAUAAUCACUGUGACUUAUCAUCAGUUUCAUUCUCUUCUACUGGGAGGUUUGAAUUUUCAUCAGCUCCUAUGGAAAGAGAGUCAUAUAAACCGAGAAUUGUUGAUGUGAAUUACAUUGAAGGUUCAAAUGAUAGGAAAUGGAGUAGCUGGGACUUUCCUUGGACCAAGAAUUUGGAGGCUAACAAUAAAAAGGUGUUUGGUAACCAUUCUUUUCGACCCAAUCAAAGGGAAAUUAUCAAUGCAACCAUGAGUGGUCAUGAUGUUUUUGUUUUAAUGCCUACGGGAGGAGGAAAAAGUUUGACAUAUCAGCUUCCUGCUCUUGUUUGUCCAGGAGUAACUUUAGUUGUAUCACCACUUGUUUCUCUCAUCCAAGAUCAGAUUAUGCAUCUUGUACAGGCAAAUAUACCGGCUGCUUACUUGAGUGCCAGUAUGGAGUGGAGUGAACAGCAAGAGAUACUUAGAGAGCUUUGUACAGAUAAUUGCAGAUAUAAGCUCUUAUAUGUCACGCCAGAAAAAAUUGCCAAAAGCGAUGUAUUCCUGAGGCAUUUAGAGAAGCUGUAUUCUCUUGAUUUACUUGCCAGGAUUGUUAUUGAUGAAGCUCAUUGUGUCAGUCAGUGGGGACAUGAUUUUAGGCCAGACUAUCAGAGUCUUGGAAUUUUGAAACAGAAGUUCCCAGCCACGCCAGUGCUGGCUUUAACUGCUACUGCAACAGCUGUUGUCAAGGAAGAUGUUGUGCAAGCUCUUGGUCUUUCUAAUUGCAUUGUUUUCCGGCAAAGUUUUAACCGUCCAAAUUUGUCGUAUUCUGUUAUCCCUAAGACGAAAAAGUGUGUGGAGGAAAUUGACAAGUUCAUUAGAGAAAACCACUUUGAUGAAUGUGGUAUAAUUUAUUGCCUUUCAAGAAUGGAUUGUGAAAAAGUUGCUGAACAGUUACAGGAAUGUGGACAUAAAGCAGCUUUUUACCAUGGCAGCAUGGACGCUGCUCAGCGUGCCUUUGUUCAGAAACAAUGGAGCAAAGAUGAAAUUAAUAUAAUAUGUGCAACUGUGGCUUUUGGAAUGGGUAUCAAUAAACCUGAUGUUCGAUUCGUGAUUCAUCACUCCAUCCCAAAAUCUGUUGAAGGCUACCAUCAGGAAUGUGGUCGUGCUGGUAGAGACGGUCUACGUUCAUCUUGUGUGUUGUUCUACAGUUACAGCGAUUAUAUUCGUGUCAAGCACAUGCUCACUCAAGGGGUUAUUGAGCAAAAUGCAUUCACAUCUGCACAUAAUCGUUUGAAUUCGGCAAAUUCUGGGAGGAUAAUUGAAACGAACAUGGAGAACCUUCAACGCAUGGUUAGCUAUUGUGAAAAUGACGUUGACUGUCGACGACUUCUACAACUUGCUCACUUUGGAGAAAAUUUUGAUCCUGCACAUUGUAUUAAAACCUGUGACAAUUGUUCCAAAACUAGAAGUUCUAUUGAGAAGGAUGUGACACUUGUAGCAACGCAAUUGGUGGAGCUGGUAAAGUCAACAGGGCAGCAACAUUCAUCAGCUCACAUAUUGGAAGUCUUCCGGGGCUCUUUAAGCCAAUAUGUCAAGAAGUACAAGCAUAAUACUCUGAAACUUCAUGGAGCUGGGAAAGGUUUGGCGAAGGGUGAAGCAUCUCGAGUGCUUCGCCACCUUGUUGUUGAGAACAUUCUUGUCGAGGAGGUCAAAAAAAGUGAUAUCUACGGAUCUGUCUCAUCAGUUCUGAAGGUCAAUGAAGGGAAAUGUAGAAAUCUUUUCUUUGGCGGUCAAAAGAUAAUUUUAAGAUUUCCUUCAACCAUCAAAUCAGCAUUGAAAGUAACCAAAGCUGAGGCAACACCAGGGAAGUCGUCCUUGCUCUCUUUAGAGAAAACACGUCCUCCACAAAGCCGCACUUCUAUGCCUGAAUCAGAAGCUGACCAAGUUAUUGCUGCCAAAUUGUUUUCUGCUCUUAGGUUGCUUAGAAUGGCCCUCAUGAAAGAAGGUGGGGAAAGGCUCAUGGCACAUCACAUAUUCACGAAUUCGACAUUGCAGGCGAUUAGUAGGAGGGUACCUCGAACCAAAGAUGAGCUGCUAGAGAUAAGUGGCAUUGGCAAUGUGAAGCUGAAAAAGUAUGGUGAUCGUGUCCUGGAAACCGUUGAAGCUACCAUCAAACAGCACUAUAAGAGCAGCAGCAGCAGUAAUGACAGUGCAGAUUCAAUAAAAAGGAGAAGAGAGGCUGCCAAGGUUUCUAAUGGAAUCUCUAAUGAAGACAAGGACAUGAUGGGAAGCACUGGGAGAUCAAAGAAAAGAGCUGUCAAAGCAGGAAAGGCUUCUGAAAUUAAACCAAUAGUAGCUGAUGUGUUCAGUGACUGCCUAGAUGUUGAUCUUGAUUUUGAUGACUCAGUUUAUGAAAUGCAGGCUAAUGGGUUGAAUCCAAAGAGUGAUACAAAUGUUAAUGGAAGAAAGCUGCCUAUGUGGUCUGGAAAAGAGAAUAUGUAAAUCAAAUCAGCUAGAAAUGUAAAUUUUCCUUUAAAUUGCGCUCCUAAAUGUGUCGUGUACAGUGAUUUUGAUUUAGCUUAGGCAAUGCCAUUAUAGGCAGAACGUGCAGUGGAAAUGAUGUUCUGCUGUUGUAUUUAGCCAAAGUAGACAAAUACAUGUAAUUUGAUCCUGCAUUUAGUUGAAAAUUUGGUAAAUUAGACAAUGCAUGCAAUACAAUGUCCUACUACAAGACACCUAAGAAAUUUGCUGAUGAUUUUAUUU